CAUUUGCACUGUCAAUGUCAUUAUCAUCUGUAUUAACUUUCCAACUUUUGACAAAUUUACUGAAAUGUAUUAGGUUAGAUUUUGAAUAAUUUCGUCAGCAAGCAUAUGUUUCUGUGAAAACAAAGUGUAGUACCCAACUAGAAGACACAGAAAUUUCUAACAAUGGAUAAUUGGGAAGAGAAAAAGCAUCUCAUAACUCGUAACUUACAAGAGGUAUUAGGCGAUGAAAAACUUAAUGAAAUACUGAAACAACGUGACCUAAAAAUUUAUUGGGGUACUGCUACUACCGGGCGUCCUCAUGUAGCCUAUUUUGUUCCUAUGUCCAAGAUAGCCGAUUUUCUAAAAGCAGGAUGUGAGGUUACUAUUUUAUUUGCGGACUUACAUGCUUAUUUGGAUAACAUGAAGGCACCCUGGGAUUUACUUGCCUUAAGAACUGAAUAUUAUGAAGCAGCAAUUAAAGCUAUCUUAACUUCUAUAGGAGUUCCAUUGGAAAAAUUGAAAUUCGUAAGAGGUACUGAAUAUCAACUAAGUAAAGAAUAUACUCUAGAUGUUUACCGUAUGUCAUCUGUCAUAACUGAGCAUGAUGCCAAGAAAGCUGGUGCCGAAGUAGUGAAACAAGUAGAACACCCAUUAUUGAGUGGAUUGUUGUAUCCUGGUUUGCAAGCUUUGGAUGAGGAAUAUUUAAAAGUUGAUGCUCAAUUUGGUGGCGUUGAUCAGAGAAAAAUUUUUGUUUUGGCUGAAAAAUAUUUGCCACAGUUAGGCUAUGCUAAAAGAGUACAUUUCAUGAAUCCUAUGGUUCCAGGGCUAACUGGAGGAAAAAUGUCAGCCUCUGAGGAAGACAGCAAAAUUGAUUUGUUAGACAAUCCAGCUAAUGUUAAGAAAAAACUUAAAAAAGCUUUCUGUGAGCCUGGUAAUAUUGCUGAUAAUGGAGUGUUGUCAUUUACUAAGCAUGUCAUUUUUCCUUUAAUGAAAACUGACGAAAAAUUUGUAAUUAAAAGAGCGGAAGAACAUGGAGGUAAUGCUGAGUAUUCUAAAUUUGAUGACUUAGAAUCUGCAUUUGCAAAACAAGAAAUUCAUCCGGGCGACUUAAAAGCAUCUGUAGAGCAAGUUAUCAAUAAACUUUUGGCUCCUAUUCAAGAAAUUUUUAAAGAUCCUAAACUCCAAGAAUUAGCUAAGAAAGCUUAUCCACCUCCAUCUAAAAGUAAAACUAAUGUCAGUGCAGCUGCUGAUGAAAUAACGCCAAACAGAUUAGAUAUUAGAGUGGGCAAAAUUGUUGAAGUGUCACAGCAUCCAGAUGCUGAUGCAUUAUAUGUAGAAAAAAUUGAUGUAGGUGAAGCUGAACCCAGAACAGUUGUUUCUGGACUUGUUAACUUUGUACCUAUAGAAGAAAUGCAGAAUAGGAAUGUUGUUGUAUUGUGUAAUUUAAAACCAGCAAAAAUGCGAGGUAUUGAAUCUAAAGGUAUGGUUCUCUGCUCAUCUGUUGAUGAACCUAAACAAGUGGAACCAUUGCUCCCUCCAAAAGAUAGCAAGCCUGGAGAUAGGAUUGUAAUUGAAGGAUAUGAAAUGGGUGAACCAGAUGAGGUAUUAAAUCCUAAAAAGAAAGUAUGGGAGAAAUUACAGGUUGAUUUAAAGACAAAUGACGAUUUGGUAGCAGUAUGGCAAGGAAACAAGUUACUUAGUAAAGUGAAUGGCAAUCUAGUUACAACGAGCUCUAUGAAAAAUGCACCUAUUAAGUAAUUACUUAUACGCUAAACUGACAUUUCUUUGAUAUUUCUUUAUUAAUUUACUUUUAUAUUUGCUUUUGUAUUUAUAUCUUCUAAUUUUUAAUUAAAUUUUAUUUACCAAUAUCUGUAUCUGUAUUUUAUUUAUAUCGGACUAAAAAUAAAAAUGUAAUAAAAUG